AUGAAGAGACAAGCAUUGGCUUUGAAGACGAAGCUCAGCAACUUUAAGAAGGAAGAUUUCGAUCCUCACAAGUGGUUGAAAAACGAGAAAAUGAGCGCGUUUUCUGACUUUGUACUCAACAAGCAGCCGGAGAAAGAGGAAGACAAGAGCUUUGAUAACAAAGAAAUGUUGCUCGAUGCAGAAAAGCAGUUUAUAGAAGCAGCCAAGAGGAAUGAUGUGGAGGCUAUGAAAACUCUGGGAAAAGGACUUAACGCCAAUGCAAAGAAUGUGCACGAUAGGACUGCUCUUCACUAUGCGGUAGCCGGCAAAAACUCCGGGGCUGUGCAGUUUCUUCUGCAGCGCAGGGUCAAAGUGGAUCAAAAGGACAAGUAUGGUGUGGCACCCGUUCAUUUGGCUGCCUGGUUUGGCAAUGUGGAGAUUAUGAAGUUAUUAGUGCAGGCUGGGGCUGAAAGCAAGGUUGAGAAUGAGGAAGGACUAAACAUUAUGCACUGUGCUGCUAUCAACAACCACCCUGAAAUUAUAGAGCAUAUUAUUAAUGACCUGCAGAUGCCAGAACUAGACAAAGAAGACACGUCAGGGAACCGGCCAUUUGCAUUGGCUGCAGAGCAUGGGCAUGUUGAAAUGUUACAGAUGCUGAUGGAUCCAUACCAAAUGGCCACCAUGGUGCCCAACAAGAGAGGAGACACGCCCCUGCACUUAGCUGCCAGGAAGGGCCACUUGGGCGCUGUUCAACUGCUGCUGCAGAGCUUUGAUACUCGGGAUGAAGUCAAUAUGGAUGGUGAAACAGCUCUGUACCAGGCUGCAGAAAACGGACAGGAAGCAUGUGUCCUGGCCCUGCUGGAGGCCGGUUGUGACCCCGACAUACUGACAACGGCCAAAGGCAGUGCUCUCCAUCCAGUUUCAGAAAAAGGAGAUGCAUCUCUUGUCCAUCUCCUCUUAGAGUACAAAGCCAAUGCAGACUUUCAGAAUCAGCACCUAGAGGCUCCUCUCCACCUGGCAGUGAAGAACAGUCACAUCCCUGUCAUCCAUUCUCUACUGCAGGCUGGCUGCAACAUUAAUAUCACUGAUAAGAGAGGCCAGACGGCUAUACAUCUUGCUGCAGAGUUGGCCAGAAUUGAAGUUGUAGAAAUGCUUCUCAAAACCGGGCUGGAUCUGACACUGCAGGAUAGGCAGGGUAAGACGGCUCUGGGUGUGGCAGCUAGAGCAAAUGAGGUGAUUAUUGUUGACAUGAUCAUCAAAGCAGAAAGAUACUACACCUGGAAGAAGGCCAACCCUGAGCUUGAUGAGAGGGUUCGCAGUGAGUAUCCACUAACGUUCAAACUCGACCACCGCCAAGAGACCAGCGAGCUUCGUUCGAUAGCCUGGCGCCUGGCAUACAAGUUCCUGAGACCAAAAGACUGGAAACAAAUGGCAGAACACUGGUCGUUCACUACAGAGCAAGUGUCUGCCAUCGAGGAGCAGUGGAUAGGUCAGAACAGCUACCAAGAGCAUGGGAACAGGAUGCUGCUGAUCUGGCUCCACGGUGAGGAGCUGGCUCAGAGGAAUCCUGCUAAAGAACUCUACAAGGGCCUCACUGUCAUAGGAAACAGGAAAGCUGCAGAUAUGAUUCAGAUGGGGGCAGAGAAUGUCGGCGUGGGCUGUGGCAUGUCAUGAGGAACACUAAAGCAUAUGGACUGACAAAGUUAACUCCAUGUUUACUUCAUUUUCAACUACUGAUCUGUACAGUCUGUUAACAGUGAAAUAAUUUAUUUUAUAAAUAAAAGUGUACAUCAUUUGAUUAACUUGAGGCUUU